GAUGCUAUGAACACCGCUACUUGACAAAGCACCCUCCUUUCAUCCUCAUGCGGCCUGCAUUGGGCGGCCAGUCCUGCCGCGGCCUACUCAGUGAGAGGCUCCUGGCAUCGGCGCUGAGCCGUCUCACGCUCAUUGCACCACCAAACGCCGCCGCCCGCCGUGUAGUGUCGACAAGGUCGCCAACAUCGUCAAACUGGACGUGCCUGGGCUGCAGGCUCACGCCCCGAUCAGCCAUCCGGAGCUCAUCAUCAAAUUCACAGUGGAAAUCCCGCCAGUCCCGCGACCCGUAUGCGCGUACGGCCAAGGUGCAAGGGCUGAAGAGCCGCGCCGCGUACAAAUUGAUCGAGAUGGACGCGGCCUACCGCCUCUUUAGACGUAACCAAACCAUUGUCGAUCUGGGGUAUGCGCCCGGCUCGUGGUCUCAAGUCGCCAUCGAGCGGACGAAACCGCAUGGCGUCGUGGUGGGCAUCGACCUGAUCCCCGCACAGCCGCCGCGCGGCGUGACGAGCAUCCAGGGGAACUUUCUCAGCCCGCACGUGCGGAGGCUGCUGAAGGAGGUGCUUCUGGAGCAGGUAAGGCGGAAGCGGAAGGAGAGGAACAUGGAGAAGAAGUUUGAAGCGUUGACGGCCACCGGCACUGGCGAAGGUGAAGGUGCAGAAGGCUUGGGUCCUGGUGGUGAUGGUGGCCAGGGGAGGGAGGCGAGAACUGACGGGGGUGGCGGUAAGGGUGAGGUUGUGCAGGACAGGCUGAGCUACAUUGAUCUCGAGAAACAGGCUAGCCAUGAUAUUGAGGCUGCGGAGGCCGAUGUGGACGAUCAAGAGCGGAUGGUGGAUGUGGUAAUGAGCGACUUGUGCGAACCCUGGAUGCAGACAACCGGUUUCAGGAGCAACACGCUGAGUAGACGCUACAGGCUCAUGAACACGAGCGGGAUCAAUUUUCGAGACCACGUCCUGAGUAUGGAUCUCUGCUACGCCGCCCUAUCCUUUGCCUCGGAGAACCUCAAAGACGGCGGCCACUUUGUGUGCAAGUUCUACCAGGGCGCCGAGGACAAGUUGUUUCAGUCCAAGCUCCAGAAGAUGUUUGACCAGGUCAAGAGGGAGAAACCGGAGUCCUCGCGCAAGGACUCCAAGGAGGCUUACUUUGUCGCACUGAAGAGGAAAGGAGACGUCACCCUUGCCAAGAUUGAAGGGAGGUGAUCUCGCGCCAGUAUGGCCUACAGCGUGAUCUACCAGGUCUCAUCAUAGUUUGCUUCGCUACGAAAUUUGGUCAAAAGCGCCUGGGAGGCUGCGCGACGGGCGCUGCACGUAUGACAAGCG